CGAAUGUUAAUGUGGUUUCAGAAAUAUUCACUUCCCACACUGUUGGGUAAUCGUGACCUCAUGUCCUGUGCUCAAACCGGGUCCGGGAAAACUGCUGCGUUUUUAUUACCAAUCAUUCACCACAUUCUGGUCAACGGUCCGGAAGCAAUUCGUCGCCGUACUUUCUAUCCUGCAGCUCUUGUUCUCGCACCAACAAGAGAAUUGGCAAUUCAGAUACACAAGGAAGCAGCGAAGUUUAGUUAUCGCACCAAUAUCAUUACCGCUAUCUUAUAUGGUGGGCGCGAGAAUUAUCGCGAGCAGAUCAAUCGCCUACGUGGAGGUUGUCAUAUCUUGAUUGCCACUCCUGGUAGACUGAUUGAUAUCCUUGACCAGGGUUACAUUGGACUGGCAGGAUGUCGAUAUCUGGUGCUCGAUGAAGCUGAUCGUAUGCUGGAUAUGGGAUUCGAACCGCAGAUCCGAAAAAUUGUUGGUCAAGGAAUGCCCCCAAAAUCCGAGCGAAUCACGGCGAUGUUUAGCGCUACAUUUCCCAAGCAAAUCCAAACACUUGCGCAAGAUUUCCUCAAGCCAAACUAUGUAUUUUUGGCUGUUGGACGGGUUGGUUCAACAUCUGAGAAUAUCGAUCAGCAGAUAUUGUUGGUGGAAGAGUUCGACAAGCGGAAGAUGCUAAUGAAUAUUCUAGCCAGAGAAGGUAAAAUAGUUGCUGCCCGUGGUCUUGACAUUCCGAAUGUGAGGCAUGUUGUUAAUUACGACCUUCCUGGUGACAUAGACGAGUACGUUCAUCGUAUUGGAAGAACAGGUCGCUGCGGUAACACAGGACGCGCUACCAGUUUUUUCACCGAGAAGAAUCGUGCGCUGGCUCGUGAUUUAUCCCAGCUUUUGGGGGAAUCUAAUCAGGAAGUGCCAGAUUUUCUUCUGCGUAUGGCUGCCGAGGGAAGAACGCCUGGAAAUAAUCGUCAAACAAACAGGCGCUUUGGUGGAACAGAUCAGCGGCGAGGUGUUGUCGGCACCAUGGGAAGCCGUGUUGGAUACAGGUUUGUUUUCCGUGUUCUAGAGAGUCCAUAUCAGACAUAG